AUGUGGCAUGGGCUGUCUUGCCUUAACUUCCCUAUUAAGCCUUGGCUCAUAAUGGAGGACUUCAAUGCGGUGUUUGAUUUUGGGGACAGAAGUGGAGGAAACCAGGUGUCAAAAAAUGAAAUUGAGGAUGCAACCAACUGGGCAGCCUUGGGAUUAGCUGACUCUCUUCAAAGAUUUGAGCCUUCUUUCACUUGGUCAACAACCAAGAGGCUAAUGACGGACCACUGCUCUUGUAUUGUCUCUUCUGCAAAGGCCAGUGAUAUUGGCAUCAAACCCUUUAAGUUCUUCUACUUUUGGGUGCAUCACAAAGACUAUAAGCAAGUUAUCUUGGAUAGUUGGAAUAAAUUGGUCAGAAGUAAUGGUUUGAAAGGGCUCUUCAUUAAAUGUAUGAGAUUAAAGCAUCAGCUUAGGAUCUUUAACAAAAAAGUUGGAGAUAUUGAAGUGCAACAUGCAGAGGUCAAAGCUCGAUUACAAGAAGCAAAGUUAGCAGCUCAAGCUAAUCCUGGGGAUUUGGGGAAAUUAGAGGAAGAAAAAAGGGUUGCAAUGGAGUUUAGUGACAAGGAAAAGUUGCUUCAUAGAUUUCUUGUGCAAAGAAGCAAAGCUAACUGGUUGAAGAAGGGAGAUGACAACACUGCCUACUUUUGUGCUUGCAUAAAGAAAAGAAGAGAGAACAGAAUUGUGCACUUCACUACUGAGAAAGGCCAGCUGGUUGAGGAGUAUCCUAAAGUGGUUAAGCACUUUAUCAAUCACUUUCAGAGUUACAUGGGGAGUCAUCACUUGCCUACUGUGAAUGUGAACAUCUUCAAUUUGAAGGGUAAUAAGCUUUCUCUUGAUAUGAAACUUGCUCUUUCAAAACCUUUUUCCAAAAAAGAGAUCAAGAUGGCCUUAUUUAGCAUUCCUAGCUCUAACAGAACAGGUCCGGAUGGUUUUAACACUGAGUUCUUCAAGUCAAUGUGGCGUGAGAUAUAA